AUGAAAGAGUUAAAAUUAAGAUAUAAAAAUGUAACUGCUGAACUCGUCACAGUGUAUUUUGUAAAACCGAUUAUCAGCAACGAGCUUAAUUCAAGGUGCCAAGUUGAUCUAAUAGACAUGCAAUCACAUAAAGUCAUCAUGGUGUAUCAAGAUCACCUAACAAAAUUCGUGCAGCUGCGGUCUUUAAAAAGCAAGCAAGCAGAAGAGGUAGCGUAUCAUUUACUUGAUAUUUUUACUACAUUCGGAGCGCCUAGUAUUUUGCAAAGCGAUAAUGUUAGGGAAUUUGCUAACAAAGUGGUCAAAGAAGUCUGUGCGAUGUGGCCGGAAUUAAAAAUCGUUCAUGGUAAACCCCGACACUCUCAAUCACAAGGGUCUGUUGAAAAGGCUAACCAAGACAUAGAGAAGAUUAUUUGUGCUUGGCUGGAAUCUAACAAGACGACGAAAUGGUCUGAAGGAUUACGCUUUAUUCAAUUUAUGAAGAACAGAGCGUAUCACGCAGAGAUAAAUCGUAGCCCUUACGAAGCAAUGUUUGGCUGUAAAGCUAAAGUCGGAUUAAAUAGUCUUCCUAAAGACGCGCUAGUUGAACUGUCAACAGAAGAAGAGCUAGAAUCUAUACUGAAUGAAGACGAAAACCGGUUGAAUGAGGAGAGGGAAACCGAACCCAAUAUUACCGACGCUGUGAUUAAUGAAGACGAAGAAAUAUAA